GUUGCGAUCCAACGUGUAGUCCAAAGGUCUGAAGCACUGCUGAUGUCUGAUGGGUCCUCGAAAGUGACGCAAAAAUUUCCGAUCAUAUAGAUAACGAGCCUCCUCCCCUCCGACUUGCAGUUGCAGUGGAAUCAAACACAUAUCCGGAGACGAGAAGAGGAGAUCUCCAUGGCACUCACUGACGCUUUCUUCUCAUCUUCCACCCUCCGUCGGUACAAAGGUUCUGAUUUUCGUUUUAGUUCUCAUAUCUCACAUUUGGAUAUCGGUAUGGUCCCUCUAAUUCGUUAUGUACCUGUUGAAUCCGCUGCAAUCGGCUUCUCAAGGAGAAAGAACAUUUUGCAACUGCAAGCUUCUAUUAACUCUACAAGUACAGUGGUAGCAGCCUCUUCGAAGUCAGAUCAGGAUGCUGAUACUGUUCCUAUGCCAAUUGUUUUGAUUGUUCAAGAUUCAGAUUCUGAUGCAACUAUUGUACAAGUUAGUUUUGGAGAUCGCCUAGGAGCUCUUAUCGACACGAUGAAGGCCCUCAAAGAUUUGGGCUUGGAUGUGGCAAAAGGAACUUUUACAACUGAGGGAUCAGUUAAGCAAACAAAGUUUUUCAUUACCCGGUUGGGCACUGGCCGCAAAGUUGAGGAUCCUGAUAUGCUAGAGAGAAUUAGGCUUACCAUCAUUAACAACCUUCUGAAGUAUCAUCCGGAAUCUAGUGAACGGCUUGCAAUGGGCGAGGCUUUUGGAAUUAAAGCACCGGAGAAGAAGCUUGAUGUUGAUAUUGCAACUCACAUACAUGUUCAGGAUGAUGGACCUAAGAGAAGCUUACUGAGUAUAGAGACAGCAGAUCGAUCAGGCCUGUUACUAGAAAUCAUGAAGAUUAUGGCUGAUAUCAAUAUCAAUGUGGAAUCAGCAGAGAUUGACACUGAAGGAUUAAUUGCGAAAGACAAAUUUCACGUCAGCUACAGAGGGGCAGCACUAAACAGUUCCUUGUCUCAGGUCUUGACAAACUGUCUCCGCUACUACCUUCGAAGGCCAGAAACAGAUGAAGAUAGUUACUGACACCUGUAGAAGGAAAUCAUGGCCGGACAUCAAGUGUACCGGCUCCGGCCAAAACAUGUCUUGGGUUGAGCCACCCACCUAUGAGGUUUUCUUGGAGCAUGAACUGAAAAAUACGAUAACUGCGUUCCAAGAUUCUCAGGUUGGGUUGGUUGAACGGAUUUAAAAUAUUUCCUGGGACUCGUUCUGAUAAAAAUAAGAGGUUCAUAGUGUUGUUAUCCAUUAGAUCUGUAUGUAAUGGGACUAUGUAUCAUGUGUCUCUCUUGUUUUUGAGAACUAGUGGUUUUAAGAGCGUAAUAUUACUAACAUGAGUCUUAAGGCAGUUCUGCAACUGCUUCAAGACUUGUUACAGCA